AUGGACCUGUGUCACCCAGAUCUAGCUGAGCUCAGCAGUGGGGAGGCCAAGGAGCUACAACAGAUCAAAUGGCAUCGGAAGCAACUACUGGAGGACAUCCAGAAGCUAAAGGAUGAAAUUGCAGAUGUGUUUGCCCAAAUCGACUGCUUCGAGAGUACUGAGGAGAGCCGGAUGGCACAGAAAGAGAAGGAGAUGUGUAUCGGGAGGAAGAAAUUCAACAUGGACCCUGCCAAGGGCAUCCAGUAUCUCAUUGAACACAAGCUGCUGACCUCCGAUGUCCAGGACAUCGCCCAGUUCCUGUACAAGGGCGACGGCCUCAACAAGACAGCCAUUGGCACCUACUUGGGGGAAAAGGACCCCAUCAACUUGCAGGUCCUACAGGCCUUCGUGGACUGCCACGAGUUUGCCAACCUCAACCUUGUUCAGGCCCUCAGGCAGUUUCUGUGGAGCUUCCGGCUGCCUGGCGAGGCCCAAAAGAUUGACCGCAUGAUGGAGGCCUUCGCUGCUCGCUACUGCCUCUGUAACCCAGAUGUCUUCCGGUCUACAGACACCUGCUAUGUGCUGUCCUUCUCCAUCAUCAUGCUCAACACCGGCCUACACAACCCCAACGUCCGGGACAGACCGCCCUUCGAGCGCUUUGUGUCCAUGAAUCGCGGCAUCAACGAUGGCAGUGACUUGCCCGAGGAGCAGCUGAGGAACCUCUUUGACAGCAUCAAAAGUGAACCAUUCUCCAUCCCCGAGGAUGAUGGUGGUGACCUCACCCAUACCUUCUUCAACCCUGACCGUGAAGGCUGGCUACUCAAGCUGGGGGGCCGCGUGAAGACAUGGAAGCGACGCUGGUUCAUCCUCACAGACAACUGCCUCUACUACUUUGAGUUCACCACUGACAAGGAGCCUCGGGGGAUCAUCCCUCUGGAGAACCUGUCCGUGCAGAAAGUGGAUGACCCCAAGAAGCAGUUCUGCCUGGAGCUGUACAACCCCAGCUGCCGGGGCCAGAAGAUAAAAGCAUGCAAGACUGAUGGGGACGGCAAAGUGGUGGAAGGAAAGCAUGAGUCCUACCGCAUCUCAGCUGCCAAUGCCGAAGAGCGCGACCAGUGGAUUGAGGCCAUCAGGGCCAGCAUCACCCGUGUCCCCUUCUAUGAUCUGUUGUCUGCUCGGAAAAAGAAGAUUGCCAGCAAGCAAUGUUCUUUUAAGAUUCUAUGA